AUGAGUAGCCGCGAACAAGCAGUGCAACAAGCGAAGAAGACUAUAGAGCAGUUACGUGGAGAGAGAAACAUGCGACGAACCCCAGUUUCUGCAUCCGCAGCGGAUUUGAUAAGAUUCACUCAGGAUCUUCAGCGCGAGGAUGUGCUACUGACUGGGUUUCCGAACGACAAAAUGAACCCAUACCGUCCUAAGAGCUCGUUCCAAUGCAGUCUUAUUUAG